AGAGCUUUCCAGCAGCGAACUGUGUUUCCAUGUGAUCCAGUACAGCAGAGGGUCAGAACCCGAACCGAGUGCUGAGGGUCUCCCCCCCUUAGAACCGAAUGAAGAAACAAAUCCUGCUCUUCUUCGCAUACAGAGGUCUAGUGAGAAAAGGGAAAAAGAGCAAGAGGAGAAAAUGGCCAAGUUUCUAUUACGGAACGCAGAACCUAAAGAUGUACCAGAUAUACUGCGACUCAUAAAGGAACUUGCUAAGUUUGAGGAGAUGGAGGAACAAGUGGUUCUUACUGAGAAAGAGCUGCUGGAGGACGGUUUCGGAGAACAUCCGUUCUACCACUGCCUCAUCGCCCAAGUGCCCGAGGACCAACAGAGUGCAGAGGGUCACAAGGUGGUUGGAUUCGCCAUGUACUACUUCACCUACGACCCCUGGAUCGGGAAGCUGCUCUACCUGGAGGACUUUUACGUCAUGGAGGAGUUCAGAGGUUUUGGUAUCGGCUCAGAGAUCCUGAAGCGGCUCAGUGAGACGGCGGUGAGGUGUCGCUGCAGCAGCCUGCACUUCAUCGUGGCCGAGUGGAACAAACCGUCCAUCGAGUUCUACAAACGACGUGGUGCGAACGACCUCUCGCUGGAGGAGGGGUGGCGGCUGUUCGAAAUCAACAAGCAGAGUCUCAUCAAGAUGUCCAGCCAGUCGACACGACAGAAUUAACCACGACCUUUCACCUUUACUGUUUACCGUGUUACUAACCGAGGAGCCGCAGCCCUGCGCACAUCAGCGUCUCUCCAGAUCAGCUCAUAAUCUAAAUAAAAAUCAGCCCUCAUCCAAUCAGAACACGUUUACACUAACUCUACAGUAACUCUACAGUAAACACAAAUCAUUCACAGAUUAUUGUGCUAUUAUUAUUUAAUCAGUUUAAUAUAAUAAAAUGUUUCAUGUGCAGAAAUUACAACACAUUCGAUCGAAUAUAUUUUGCCCCACCACGAUUCAUUCUGCAAAGUUCUUUUAAUUUUAAAGUAAAUAAGAUAAACAUUAAUUUGCACAAGAGAUUCAGGCUGUAAUUAAAAGCCGAACGUGACUAACGAGGUAACGAAUGAUUGGUUGAAUCAGGUGAAAGGUUGAUGUGUUUAGUAGUUUUGUGUCACUAACGAACUUUUAUCUCUUAUUAACUAAAUAAAAUCACAUAUUUACUCA